AUGGCCGCGAAUGGAAAUCCAUCGAGCGCAUCGUCGGCUCCAAGACCGCUGUCCAGAUUCGCUCACAUGCUCAGAAGUACUUCCUCCGCCUCGAGCGACAAGGACACUGCCUCCCGCACUCAGCCUCCUCCGGCCCUCCGUCCCAGCCUUCUCAGCCUCAAUUUUCCCAGCCCGUUUAUUCGCACCCGGCCCCGCCCGCUGUCCCAUCUCACACGUCUUACCAAUCUGCCCCGCACCCGCAUCCUUCGUCUCAUUCUCACGCCUAUCCCCCAUCACACCCCGCUCAAGUCUAUUCCCAUCCGCACCAUUCCGCUCCGUACCCAGCACCCCCGCAUGUUAUGCCCGCCUCAGACCCUUACUCUGUGCAACACCCAUCUUCUUAUCCUUACGCCUACUACAUGCCCCAGCCCUCGACCGACUAUUAUUCCUCUUACCCCCCGGCCCCACAACACCCAUGUCCUUGUGCUGAGUGCUUGCCCCAACACCCUUCAGUCUAUUCUCCCUACUAUGUCGCUCCUCACAUCAACCACCCGCUGACCCAUCCUCAGCCCCACCAUCAGCCCCAUCAUCAGCCCUACCCCCGACAUCAUGUACAACAACACACACAUCAUCACUACUCCAGCUCUCAAAUCACUGCUCAGCGUCCACAGUCACCCACCACUGCGCUUAUCAAUCACCAGUCUCCGGCUUACCCCAGUGUUCCAACAGCACCGCAGGUUCCCACCGCCUCGAUCCCGGCCCCGACUUGCAUGCCCCACGCCCCACGCACUCCUGCUUCGGCACCGGUGCCCGCUCCGACAUCGCUCCGAAUGCCGCCACAAGCUCAAGUUGGCGCCGCCUCCUCUACCCCUGCUUCUCCUCCGCGUCUACUGGGAAGGCUGCCAUCCAUUGUACCGCCACCCGCUACAGACGCCGCUCGUUCCAAUGUCUCGCUCCUGCUGACGGCUGGCAAAGAACUGGAGGCUCGCAAAGCUUUGCCUAUGCCUGCACUCCCACCGCUUAUGGGCAAGGGGCCUACCAUGGUUUCAAGUCCGAUCUCUUCGCAUGAUGGAGGAAUUUCGAAGAAGCGUGGUUUCAGUCAUACCGCUCCUUCUCCGUCCUCGACCCACGAUCAACUGGUCCCGCUUUACUGUGAUGGCGCCCCGCCGAAGGUCCCAGAACCCACUGUCACCCUUAAAAAGCGCAGAGUUCAGGACGUGGAAGACGGGAAUAAUUCCUACAAAACCAGGAGAAAAUCCCCGCCGCAUUCGGGUAACACGGACAAUUUGCCGAAGAAGAAGGGAUGUUCCUGGGGACACAGCAACCCGGGUUCCCUUCACCACAUCCUGUCCGACGAAAAUUCGGACAGUCGAGUGCCGGUGAUGCAAUGACAGACCAGUCGGGUAGGCUGCUUUAUUGAUCUUUGUUUUCAUGUGGGGGUCAACGCUCUUUGUGCCGUUUUACCGUACAUCCUCACACGGGUCUUCUCAUGUAAUGCCAUAAGAUCUGCCGGUAUAUAGUAGUCAUUUUACACGGAGUGAUUACAACCUAGUCGUCAGGGGACGACCGACUGAUGCACCUCCGUUCUGUAGAAGCUCUGCUUUUCGGCACGCAGGAUGGAUGUACCUUUUCGUGAACUCAUUAAACGCUCUUCGCUUUAGAUGCCUAAAGGGCCCUUCAAAGUGCCA